AUGAACCUGGAAGCUAUUCAGUCGAAAGGUUGCCAGACAGGCACGUCCCGCUGGAAGGGAGCAGGAGCCAUAGCGAACCCUUGGGUGAAGAACGACUACGCUUCUUCAGCUAUGACAAGGAUGUGCUAUGUAUUCCUGGAAGACAGUGAUAUUUCGGAGCUCGCCCUUGGCCAGGAGGUUCUCUCAGCCGAGAGUAGACCCCGAAUUGCAGAUUUCCACGCAGUUUCGCCUCCGUUGACUAUACAGCCCCUCAUUCUAUCUGGAAAGUCAGCGAACAGGAUUGACCUGGUCUUUUUCGCGGACGGAUACACUGCGGAGGAACGUCCAAAGUUUCUCGAAGACGCAAGACGGCUAGCUCAGGAUAUUUCAUCAAACCAAACGUUCAACACGGUGAAGCCGCUGAUGAACUUCUGGGCAGCCUUCACACCCAGUGUAGAGAGCGGUAUUGGCGUCGGAGGGAAGCCUAAGAAUACUGCGUUUGGCCUGUACCGCGAUGGAACAGAGCUGCGAGGCGUGUAUUACAGUAAGCCGGAUGAAGCUAGCGCCGCGUGCUUCUCCAUGGGCGACAGGUGCGAUUAUCCUAUUUUAAUGGGGAACGAUCCGUUAUACGGAGGCUUAGGAGGGGACUUCACGGUUAUCACGCCAUCCCUAGCGAAUGGUGCGUUGGUUUUGAGACAUGAACUCGGUCACUCCAUCAUCGACGUCGGGGAAGAGUACGAUGGCGGCUACGCGUACUUUGGCGUCAACGCCGUGCAGGAUCUCUCUUCCGAUUUACCAUGGAAGCAAUGGCUCAGCGAACCUCUCUCUGAUUCUCCCCGAGUGGAGCGCUCGGUCAUGCCGAUGCAGAACUACGCCUGGACGAUGCUGAACACUUCCGAGCCGUGGUCGGUGACGUUCAACUCUUCCGGAAUGUAUGAUAGGUAUUUGCUGCGGUUCUCGCUAUCUGGCGUUCCGGAGAAACAAGCCCUUAGCGUCGAGUUCGACGAUCAGGAUUUGGGAUGGACGCCGAGGAAGGAUAUUGGCGUGGACCGGUGGCAUUAUGAUAUUCACAAGUCCGCUGCACUGGAGGAGGGUCUCCAUCAGGUGAAGUUCACUUUGAAGGACUCUGCGCUGGAGGGAACUGCGCAACUGUGCAGUGUUGAGGUCUUGGAGUUCGGAACGGAGAAAGAAUUUAAUUCUACUCCAGCGUACUACGGGCUCUUCCCGACCUUCUCGGAACAGAAUGAGACUACGUACCGCCCUACAAACGAAGAUUGCCUGAUGCGACAGGUGACCACACCCAACUUCUGUUCGGUCUGCAGGGAAGGACUGUGGCGGUCCUUGCUACGCCGCGUCCAUCUCGUGGAUGACGUGUACACCGGGUGUGCGCAGGAUGCAUCUACAGGCAAGUGGACGAGGACUAUCGAGCUGUACCUUGUUCCUCUCGCGCAAUUCCGGAGGGAUCCGGUUACUCCUCAGGAAAGCUACGCGGUGACAUGGUCGAAGGGAGGCCAGAUCCUUGAAGAGUUUACGAACAGGACGAGUAUCGUGGUUGAUGAUGAGGUGGGUGUCACGUAUGACAUAUCCGUCGAGUUUUCGACGGAAGAGGUGCGGACGGAUAGGGAUGGGUAUUUGAAAGCUUCUGGGGAGUUGACCCUGUCGAGCAAAUGUGAUGGGUAGGGCCGCACUCCUGACUUGUAUUAUAAGUGUACAUGUUCGUCUUGUAUGCGAAUGAAAAAAUCAAAGAGAUCCAUCUUUGUGCCUCCUCCUCCA